AUGGAGGGCACAAUAUCAUCCAGCUUGCACAAGCUCAUUAUUGGUGUUGACUUCGGUACCACCGCAACCGGCAUCAGCUGGGUUUCAACAGCAGGCGCCCAUGUCAAGGUUCUGGACGAUGUACACUGUAUUAUGAACUGGCCUGGCGGCAACAACUCCUGCAAGACCCCAUCACGUCUUGCGUACGCGAACAAUAACGAGAGUAUCAACGCCAAUGCCUUCGGCUUCGAAGUCAAAUCGUACAUGGAGUCGUUCGCCUGGAUGAAGCUGCUACUAGAUCCCGAACAAGCGACAAAGUUCGAUGAUCCAAGCCUUACCAAGAGCGAGGGCGAUGGCGUACUGAAGCGUCCGAUCAACAAGACACCCGUUGAACUGUGUGCCGACUAUCUCACCGAAGUCAUCCAGCACGCCUAUGCCUACUUGUCUCGAACCAUCACCGCCGAAGUCCUCGAGGCAACUCCAAUCGAUUUUUGGUUUACUGUUCCAGCGGUCUGGAGUGACAAGGCAAAGGCUGACACUCUUCGAGCUGCGCGCUACGCUGCAAAGCAGGCCAAGCUUCGAUGGCAUCCUGAUAGCCAGCUCUUCCUGAUUCGCGAGCCAGAGGCCGCAGCUGUGGCAACAGUCUCCGCGCUUACCCAGGGCGGCUCGCAGCAACACAUCAAGGUUGGCGAUAGCAUUUUGAUCUGUGAUUGUGGUGGGGGCACGGUCGAUAUCACUACCUACGUAAUCGAUAGCAUUACUCCCAAGCUCGCCUUCAAGGAGCUCCUCGUGGGCACAGGUGGCAAGUGUGGCUCUACGUACAUUGACCGACAGUUCUUGGAGUGGAUGGAAGACAUGUUCGGCCCUCACUUCACCAGCUUGCCACCAGCCAAGCGUGGUCCCGCGAGUGCUCUGAUGAAGAGCUUUGAGACGGCUAAGCUCGAUUUCGGCAUGUCCACAGAUAUCAAGAAGUACUAUGAGGUCGAUUGCUUCAUGGAGGAGGCCCACAAGUCACACUGGUACGAUGAUUCGGAGUGCGGGGAUCUGAAGUCGAUGUUUGAUCCAGUCGUCGAUAAGAUUAUUGCUCUUCUGCAAAGCCAACUCGACGCUGAGCGCCGCCAAGCUGGACAAACUGUGUUUCUCGUGGGAGGCUUUGGCGAGUCUGCCUAUCUGAACGCCGUACUACACAAGUGUCAGUCCGCCAUUGUUCGCGGUGCCGCCCUGAGUGGUCUGCACAACAUUCAGCCAACCUCUCGUCGUUCUCGUCUUCACUACGGUUGGAGCUGUAGCGAAGCCUUCGAUCCUAUGCGUCACGACGAGCGUGAUGCAUACCUCGAUCCGUGGUACAAUAACGGAAAGAGGGCGACUGGGAACAUGUGCUGGGAGCUCAGCAAGGGUGAUUUGGUCGACGAGACUACAAAGGUCGAUUUUGGCUUUGCCGAGCCUGUCUACGAAGAUUUCGUCAAGUCUGGCAGUUUCAACCUCGACCUGUACUGUGUGCACAAGCUCGCCUCCAUCAGCCUUAACUAUGGAAUUGUUGACCUUACUUGCUUCGAGUCCAAGGUGGCCAACGGUCGCCGUAUGCGCCGCAUCUGCGCUGAGGUUGCUGUCCACUUCGGUCACCGUCGUGGCGUUCUUGUCUUCACUGCUGUUGUCAACGGCAAGGAAAUCGGCGCCACUGAGGUCAAUUUCAAUGGGCAGAGCACUACUGAUGUCACUGAGAGUAUGAGCAAUAUGGACAUCGGGAGUAAUGCUGGCGCACUCACGCCGUCUUGUGCUCAGCAGUAA